UGAGCUUGUGGAGAUCGUGCACUGUAAAAAUACCGAAGGCCACACUCUUUUACCCAUAUUUUAUCACGUGGACCCUUCAGAUGUUCGAAACCAGACUGGAACUUUUGCGGAAGCAUGAAGAGCAGUUUCAAACUGACAUGGAGAGGGUGCAAAGGUGGAAGGAAGCUCUUACUGAUGCUGCUAAUUGUUCCGGCUGGGAUCUCAAAUGCAUUGCUAAUGGGUAUGAAUCAAGAUUCAUCAGAGAGUAUAUUAUUGAAGAAAUUUUGUAUAAAGUAAACCCCAGUCGCUUGAAUGUUGCCAAAUACCCAAUAGGAAUGGAGUCUCGUGUUCAGGAUAUAAAAGAUUUAUUAAAUCUUGGAACAAGUGAUGUUUGCAUUGCGGGCAUUUACGGAAUGGGUGGUAUCGGAAAAACUACCCUAGCAAAAGCUGUUUAUAAUGAAAUAUGUAUUGCAUUCGAAGGAAGCAGUUUUCUUUCAAACUUUAAAGAAAGCUCAGAAAAGUCUGAUGGCUUACUUCAUUUACAAGAGCAACUUCUUAGUGAUAUCUUGAAAACAAAUUUGAAGAUGGAUAAUGUUGAAAGAGGAAUUAGUAUAAUUGAGGAAAGGAUUCGUGGAAAAAAAGUUCUUGUUAUUGUUGAUGAUGUGGAUGACUUUGAAAAACUACAUUGGUUAAUCGAAAAGGAUUGGCUUGGUCCGGGAAGUAGAAUCAUUGUAACCACUAGAGAUGAACAUGUGUUAUGUCCAUCAAGAGCAGAUAAAAAAUAUAAGCUCAGAGAAUUGAAUCUUUGGGAGUCUCUUCGACUGUUUAGUUGGCAUGCUUUCAAAAUGACCAAUCCUAAAGAAGAUUACUUAGAGCUUUCGAUUGAAGCAGUGGCUUAUGCUGAAGGUAUUCCAUUAGCUCUUGUGGUUUGGGGUUCUUUUCUUAAAGAUAGAAGUGUUGUUGAAUGGAAAAGUGAAUUGGAAAGACUACGAAUAACUCCUGAUGACAAGAUUCAAAAAAUACUUAGAAUAAGUUUUGAUUCAUUGAAGAGUCCUACAAAUGACAUAUUCCUUGAUAUUGCAUGUUUCUUUGUCGGUAUGGACCAAGAAUAUGUUUUCAAAAUACUUGAUGGUUGUAAUUUCUUUCCAGGGAUUGGUAUCCCUAUUCUCAUUCAGAGGUCACUUGUUACAGUUGAUUUCCAAAAUAAGUUGAUGAUGCAUAAUCUGAUUCGAGAUAUGGGAAGGGAAAUUGUUCAUAAAGAAUCACCGAAACAUCCAAAAAAGCGAAGCAGAUUGUGGUUACAUGAGGAUGUCUUAAAUGUAUUGCAAAACCAUACGGGAUCAGAAACAAUCGAGGGUCUCAUUUUGAAUCUCCUUGUACUUGAAGAUAUACAUUUGAAAACUGAAGCAUUUACAAAUAUGAAGAAUUUGAGAUUGCUUGAAAUCAAUUCCGUACAUCUCACAGGAUCCUAUGAAUGCCUCUCUAAAGAGCUAAAAUGGCUUUGUUGGCAUAACUGCCCUCUGGAAUUUCUACCACCGAAUUUUCAUCUAGAGAACCUUGUUAUUCUUGACAUGCAGCAUAGUAAUGUCAAACAAGUUUGGAAGAAGAAGAAAAUAUUUAACAAGUUGAAAGUCCUUAAUCUCAGCAAUUCCGAAUAUCUCACCAAAUCACCAGACUUCUCACAAGUCCCACAACUGGAGAUACUAAUACUUGAGGGUUGCACAAGCUUGGUUCAGGUUCAUGAGUCCAUUGGAUAUCUCAAAAGACUUGUUUUGCUGAAUUUACGAGAAUGCAAGAAGCUUAGGAAUCUUCCAAGCAGCAUUUCUAACUUAGAAUCUCUUAAAACUCUUGUCUUGUCCAAGUGCUUUGUUCUUGAAAAGUUGCCGGAUUACUUGGGGAAUAUGAUGGCUUUAACUGAGCUACAUAUGGAGAACACUGCUAUUAAGCAACUACCAUCCUCCUUUAGCCUUCUGAAGAAUCUUGAAACUUUAUCAUUACGUGGAAGUAAAUGCCUCAUCGAAUUACCAAAGUUCUUUCAAACCUCACAUCUAAAGAAGCUAAUACUUGAAGGUUGUAUAAGCUUGGCUGAGGUUCCUGAGUCUAUUGGACUUCUAAAAAGAUUGAUUUACCUAAAUUUAGGUGGAUGCAAGAAGCUUAGAAAUCUUCCAAGUAGCAUUUCUAACUUAGAACUUCUUGAAAUUCUUGUGUUGUCUAAUUGCUUAGAACUUGACAAGUUACCGGAACAAUUGGGAAAUAUGAAGGCUUUAGAAAUUUUGCUGGCAGACAGAACUGCUAUUGAGCAACGACCAUCUUCCUUGGGUCUUAUGAGGAAUCCCACAAUUAUGCCGUUACUUGGAUGUGGAGUACCAUCCUCAUCACGGACAUCACCCGAAGGCUCCAAGCACAUAAGUUCAUUUUCUUCCAUUCUUGAAUUAUGUUAUUUGACAAACUUGAGAAAACUAGACCUUAGUGGGCGUAAUUUGUCUGAAGAUGAGUUUCCUAUUGAAUUUGGUCAUUUAUCUUCACUCAAUACAUUGGAUUUAUCUAGAAACAAUUUCCGUAACCUACCUAAGUGCAUCAGCUACCUUCCUGAAUUAUUGGAAUUGAAUUUGAAUGAGUGUAGUACUCUUCAAUCAAUCUCAGUCCCCUUAAUUGUACAGGAUUUCGGAAUUUUGAGAGCAAAUGACUGCAGAUCAUUGGAAAGAAUCUUAAUUUGGACAAACAAGAGUUUAGGAUCUUUGUCCCUUAAUAAUUGCCACAAACUGGUUGAGAUUCAAAGUACGAAGAGUUUACGAUCUGGAGCAUGUCUUCACAUGGGAAGGUGCAACAAUCUUUCACCCGCUUUCAGGGAGAGUGUUCUCAAGAUGAUCUGCAAGGCAGACUCCGGUUGUUCCCUUUGCCUCCCCGGAAGUGAGAUUCCAAAUUGGUUUAGCCAUCAAACAACCGGUUCUUCAAUAUCCUUUCAUGUACCUUCCUCUUGGGGUGGUAAAUUCGGCAAGUUGCUUCUUUGCGUUGUUUUUGCAGCAAACAAGGAAGCACGCAGGGACCUAUCUCGAGUGAGUAAUUUCCACUGGAAAGUACGUAAUAAAACUAGAACUCACGAAACCGACAUCGUCAUGGCGUCCACAGCUGAUCGCUGUUUUGGUAGCUGUGAAGAUCAAAUAUUUGUACAGGUGAUGGAAUUGGGGAAGAAAACUGGAGACGAAAUAGAGGUGUCCGUCGACGUCCCGGAUGAAGAGCUUAAGGGUGAAAUACAAGUGAAGAAGUGUGGAAUUCAUCUACUCGGUAAGAAGCCAAGUGUAAGGGAUACACGUGGAGACAAAAUAAUUUGUGGGAUCUCCUCCUUCAAUAUCCCGAUGCACGCAGGACUCAUGGAAAUACCAUUCGGUGAAUUAAUUCUUGAUCAGGAAAAUAUUGUAGAUGAAAGUGAAUUUGAUGCUUGGUGGCUACAGAUGAUGACGGGGUCUCAUCCAUCAGCAAAUUGACAGCACAAUUCCCCCCAAAUGAAGAUCUUUUUAUGCUUUUUUUCUUUUAUUUUUUUAUUUUAAUUGAAGGAGUGUUUGUUUUUUCUAAGCUAGUCGAAGGUGUACUUAUUAAUAAAUAAUGUUCACGUACGUUACUCGCAUGGCCUACCAAACUCUUAUCUUCUUUUGCUUGCA